GGCUCUCCUCUCAGAGUAAAUCUGGACGUGGUCAGCAGCUUUCUGAGGCCAAACGCUGAACAACAAACCAACAACCAUGCUUUAAUGGAAACACCACAGACUCCAGCUGUAAACCCAAAUAAUCCCAGGUGGACACGACAUUAUUUACCUCUCCUCUCGGAUUACUUUUCACUGUUUUUGAUUUUGUGGCUUUAGUGGUAACAAGCUUUAAUGUGAAGGAGGCUGGAAGGAAAAGGACCAAAAUGAAAGCAGUUCUCGUCACGUUUCUGUCGGCUUUCUGCUGUUUGAGUUUGGCCUCAGAGCUGUCCUUCUUGCUGGAGCCCAGCGAUGUGAUUGCAGUCAGAGACCAGCCGCUCCUGCUGGACUGUCAGGUGCAGGGAGAGAAACCCAUCAUGGUGACGUGGCGUAAGAACGGAGUUCCUUUAGCCACGGGUCCACGGGUACGGGUACUGGAAAACGGCACGUUGUUGAUCCAGAGGUUUCAGAAGCGCAGAGAGGGUAGUGACGCCGACAUGGGCGAGUACGACUGUGCCGCCCAAAACCGCUUCGGCCUGCUGGUCAGCCGCAAGGCCAAAGUCCAGCUGGCAUCUCUUCCAAAGUUUCACACCCACCCACUGUCCAUGUCUGUGGAUGAGGGCGGAGUCGCUCGCUUCCAGUGUCAGAUCAACGGGAUACCUGAAGCCAAAAUCACCUGGGAGAAGGACAGAGUAGCUCUGAACAUCUCUGACAGCAGGUACACCCUCCUUCCAAUGGGGGUCCUGCAGGUGACCGGGGUGAAGCAGGCGGACGCAGGGGUUUUCCGCUGUGUUGCCAACAACAUCGCCAACACUCGCUACAGUCAUGAGGCAAACCUCACCGUCACAGGUGGAGCUCCCAGAACAUACAAGGAGCCCGUCAUCCUGUCCGGGCCCCAGAACCUAACCAUCACUGUCCAUCAGACGGCCAUCUUGGAGUGCAUUGCCACGGGGAACCCCAGACCCAUUGUGUCCUGGAGCAGGCUGGAUGGACGCUCCAUCGGCGUGGAGGGGAUCCAGGUCCUGGGCACUGGGAACCUGAUGAUCUCAGACGUUUCCCUGCAGCACUCGGGCGUGUACGUGUGCGCCGCCAAUCGGCCCGGCACCAGGAUGAGACGUACUGCACUCGGGAGGCUUGUGGUACAAGCACUCUAGCUCUGACCCGCAUUAGCUCGGAGGAUGAGGCCAUCUACCAGUGCAUUGCAGAGAACAGUGCUGGCACCAACCAGGCCAGUGCCCGCCUGGCUGUGACCCAGGCUAAGGACCUGCCGGCCGCCCCUCAGGGGCUCACAGCCAGCCCCGUGUCCACCAGCACCCUGCAGAUCACAUGGAGCAGCCCCUCCACCAGCACCACUGACGUCAUCGGAUACGUCCUGCACAUCCGCAAGCUGGGCGAGCCUGACAGUAUGGAACUGCAGGAGGCCAUCAGUAAGGACAAGUUUCAGCACGAUGUGACCAACCUGGAGGCAGCCACCACCUACUCUCUGUACCUGAAGGCCUACUCCUCCAUGGGAGCAAGUCAGCAGUCCAACACCGUGGUGGCUACAACACAUGGUGGAGUCCCAGCCCCACCUACAUACUUCACCAAGGUUUUAAACUCCAGUGCUGUGCAAGUCCUCUGGGAGCUGCCGAGCAAGGCAGGCAAAGCUGAGGGCUUCAGACUGUCCUACCGUAAAGUGCCCCACUCUGAUUACCAGGAGCCGAUUGAGUUACCUUCUGAUGUCAACGCUCACACCAUCUCUGGCCUCGAACCAGGGGUGGUGUAUGAAAUUAAACUGGUGGCCUACAAUGGAAAUGGAGAAAGUGACUGUUCUAAAAGGCUCGUGUCACUGGCAGAUCAGAGCACGAGUGAACAAAUCUCAGGAGGAAACAGUCUGUGUCAGUGCAAGGAUGGAGAGGCCUCUCUGGGCAGCGUUGUGAUUGGGAUUCACAUCGGCACUGCCUGCAUCAUCUUCUGUGUCCUCUUCCUCAUGUUUGGCUACCGUCGCAGUCUGUUCUGCAGUAAAGGGACUCAGGACAGCUGGCCUGUACCAAGAAUCCAUGCAGGUCACAACAACAUCACUAAAGAAGGAGUGAACCAGCCGAGGCUGGAGUCUGAGGCCCCGCAGGUGGUCUGUCCGACACAUUGCCAGGUCAUCAUAGAGCAGCAUCCCUCAGGUUUUGCUGGCACGGGAACUGGCUGACAUUGGUCAACGUUCUGUCUCCGCACACAUCCCCGUUCCUCCCCUCCAACACUCUGACCAACGCCUCGUAAACUCAAACACUUCAGCAAAUGAGCUGUUCUCUCCAAACCUGCUGCUAUUUAUCUGAAUGUAGAUUUGUAGACACAGACUAGGGAGGCCUCCUGGUCUGUGACGCCCCCAAAACACCACACACAUCCUCUGCCUCUACCUCAGACCAAAGCCCAUUGCCUCUGUUGCCUGUGCACUUUCACAUGUAUAUGUGGAAAAAAAAAAGUCUUCAGUGCUUCUCCAGUUUAGGACUCGCAGGAUUAUUUAGCGUACCCCAUCUGAUAUGUCAGUUUUUGACUGGGGUCUGUUUCUUAACCAAAAUGCUGUACCCUUCAGGUCCCCACUGAAAAACUGACAUAUGAAGAUGUGUACCUUGGUCUAAAAACACAAACUAAAACCAAAAAUUACUGCAUGAAUAAGACUUUACCUCAAAGCUGCAAUGACAGCUUUGCCUUAACACAAAACAAAAACAAAAGAACAAGAAAAAAGGGGGCUUUUGUAAAACCAUCAACCCUCAAUGGAAACUAUGGUUUACUGCUUUAAAAAGCCAUUUUGAAAAACAAAGUACAAAAGUUUUUUUAACCCAAAAGCUGCCUAUCUCCAAAGAAAACUACCUCAGCCUGACAGCAAUGUCUGAGCAAUAACUCAGGUUCAUGUUAAAAGAAUAGUCCAUUUUUGAAGUGAUGUAAGAGUUGUCCAUUGUUAAUACCUUGUUAGUCGUCACAUCAGUCACACAACACGAUGUGCGAAAAAAGAGGCAGAAGUCUUCAUUCUGGCCAGGCUAACGGCUAACAGCUAAUGGCUAAUCAAACAACAAUCUGUUUUAUGUACUUUUUUAAGGCUUCUAAAACAACUUUUUCUCCAAAACAGAAUACUCAUGAGAAUGAAUGCUACAGUGGUUAACGAUAAACCUCUGCUUUAACACUUUAACGUGACACUAUUAAAGUGUUGCUGUUACAUUCAGCAGCCUCAGGAGACUGAUAUUUGCUAAGUAACACUGGUGUUUGGUUGAGAAAAUAAUGACAAACCAAACACGUAUGGCCCUACAAGAGAGUAGAGGUUUAAUAUUAGCUAAUGUAGCCUUCAUUCAUACCUAGUGCUAGGCAUCGAGUCUCGAGUAUUGACUGAAACUGGGACUAACAUUUAAAUUCUCCCAGAAUCGUUUGUACUUUUAAAUUUCGAUACCUAGUUUUAAAACCCAGUCCGCCAACUGGAAGAAGCCGUCCAAUGCUAACAAAGGAAAAAAAAAACAUGUGAGCUGCCAAACACCAAUUUAAAUUGGUGUUCAGACUCAAAUUGUCAAAUUAAGACAAUUGCACUUAAGACUUGAAACGAGGAAAACAUUUCCAGGCUAACAAGAUUAUUAAUCAAACACAUUCUGCUCUUACUUAGUUUAUCAUCUCAAAACAAGAUCAAAAAUACUCGUUGGCUAGAAAUAAGUGUACGAUUUGGUUAGAUGGACAAGUUUUGCAGAGUACACCUGUGUGGAAAUAAAAGCACAGCAUCUGUUCAUCUAGAAAGAACUCUACUAUCUCAUUUAAACCAUGUAAACGUUUUUGACCACGCCUCUAAAAAGAAUCGAAAUUGGGAAUAAUGGGAACGUCCGAAUCCAAACAAGGAACUGGAAUUUUUCAAAUUCUAACGAUACCCAACCCUGUCAGAGAAAAAGUUGUGGAUGAGUCUGAAAAACCGUUUAAAACAAGUCCUGGUUUGGGUAGCCAUUAGCCUAGCCUGAUAAAACCUAAUGCUCUUUUAUCUAUAGUCCGUGACUUAUAUUAUAGCUGAUAAGGUACAAACUGUUACAUUUACACAACAUCACUUUAAAAAUGACCAGAGUAUCUCUUUGACUUCAUAACGCUGCUUCAGUUAGCCUACUCAAUGAUGACAAAAAAAGCCCAAGCGUCCAUUUAGUAACAUCUUGACCAAUGCCAGUCAUUUUACCGUGCCAGCUUCAUCCAGAGAGACUAACCCGACGACCACCACUGAAAGCAAACUGCGCUGGAUUCUAAGUGUGCGAAAACCCCAAGUUUUCUUCCACCAUUGGUGGACACGAGCUUUACAACACCCCGUUCGACCCAGGACAUCCUGAGUUUCCCUCAGAAGGCAUUUCUGGGUUGAAACGUUCUACUUUUCUGAGUGACGUCAGAGAUCUCAAGCAGGUAUUGGUGCCUCCACUUUUUCCUCUUGCUCUUUUAUGUGGAUGUCCUUUCAAGUUCCCACUUGUCCAUCAUAAGACAUUUAAUUGCAAAUGAUGGCGGUCAUGGAAAACACGGACCACGGAGUGAUCAAAAAUGGAACCCAGCCAUCCAAUGUUUUUAUUUCAUCUGCACAAACCUGAUGCAUAUGAAGGUUAAACCAAAAGGUUGCUUGCAUCAAUACCUGGAAAUGACUUCUCCACACUGGCUUUUCUGGGACCCUGAUUGAGCUGGCAGCUGAAGAAGCUUUAUGACGAUAUUUUUUUUGUACAUGAACAAAGAUCGUCUUUCACCAUGUCAGCCUUUCCAAAAAGUUCUUCUAUGAAAACCAAGCGAAAUGGUACCCAAAGAUGUAAACAUUUAUUGGUUUUCUUUAUGUUUCGUUGAGUUUUCCUUCAAAUACAUACAUUUAUGUUCAGUUUUGGACAGUUCCUAUUGGAAAGGGGUCACCUGUAUGUGAAGUGCUUUAACUGAACCUAAACCAAAAGAAUUAUGAUUAUGAUUUCAUAACAUUUUUCUGUAAAGAAUAUUUUUGAAACUUUUAUUUUGAAAGUCAUUAGGUGCACCCCACCAACACGGACCUCUUUAUUUUAACGAUUCAAAUGUUCAACUUUUAAAGAGUGACCAAAUGAAGAGGUCAGAUAUUUUGAAAGACUUAUGUCAGCACUAAUGGACGUGUGCUGUUGUUUUAUAUUAGUUGAAUUUUUGCCAAAUAUUUAGCUGUUUUGAAGAAGUGUUUAACCAAAAAGACUGUAAAAUGUUUAACACUCAUACCCUUUACCUUGAUGCUUCCUCAUAACCAAAGCACAUAAAAAGAAAAAGAAAAAGAAUGGCAUGUGUAUAUGUGAACUAGAUAAACCCUGAGGGCAAAAACUGUAAGAAUGAGCUGUAACAUUAGUUUCUUACAUGCUUGUGGUAUUCCACAAUUAAUGAGUACCAUGGCAGAAAACGAACGGACGGACAGAUGGACUAAAACACUUUAAUUUUGGUUUUGUUUUCUUCCAAAAAAAUAAAAAACUGUUUAGUUUUAGCCAAAUUAAAUAUAACCAAAAAUACAAAAUUACUCUAGUGAAAAAGACAAAAAUGGCACAAAUGUUUCAUGUAAAAAAAAACAUAGACGAGGUCAAAAAGCAGUGGAUCCACUAAACGUGGGCCAGGUGGGGAAACAGUUUUUAGACGCAGAGUAUUUUUAUGAAAAUAAUAAAAGACCCUGCCUACAUUAAUACAUUUUUUACUGGUUUUGUUUUUGUUUUACACUUUUAUAACAAAAAGGCUGAAAUACCCUCACCUCACCAUUAGAUGGCGAUAAUGUGCAACAUUAACAUUUCAAAAACUCGUUGUUUUUCACAAAACAAUUUAGCAAAUUAUACUGUUUUAUUGUUUCCUCUCAUUUAUUAACCAUCUUUUAAAGUUUAACUGUGACAAGAUCAGUACAAGUCCAUACAACUUCACCAAAAAGUAACAAAUAUCCAGAGUUUUUAAAAGUCUCUGCUUUGGAAAGCAUUUUUCAAAAAUAAUCUGCUUUUCUUUUCUUACCAAAAACUGUUUGUGGACAAGAAGGUGUAAACGUCCCAGAAAAUUUACAUUUUAAAAAUAUUUAGUGCAUUGUGAAUGAGGCCUUUUAGAGAGAUGAGCCGAGGUUCUAACUGUAAAAUACAAAAAAAAAUGAAAAUAGAUAUAAUAAAACUCCUAAAUAUUUUGUCAUGACUUCUGGUUUUGGUCCACCAGCCCAGCAUUAUCAGCUCGAGCCCUCAGGGUUUACUGUGUUCAGGGUUGAAGCAGGACAUUUCUCCUCUGAUUCAUUUCAAACAGCUGUCAAACCAAUGUGAAACCAAAAAGUGAGUUUAAUGUAGGAAACCCAAAAACUCAGUGUUUGUAGUCUUAAACUGUAGUGAAAGUAGUUAAAAUGAAAAGAACUUGUUGCUUCUUUUUGUCGCCACAAAGAAUGCUUGGAUUUGAACUUUUGAGUUUUCUGUCCUCACUGUUUUUACUAUAAUUAGAUUUGACGAAUAAUAAUUAUUGCUGUUGUUUUAAUUGACAUGUUUAAAUUUGUUUUGAAAAUGACUGGUAGGAUUAUUAUAUGAUGGCCUUUGAGCGGUGAUGGUUUUUGUCAAAGAUGGGAAAUUUGAGUGCUUUUAAAACCAAACACAUUUUGCUACAAAGAGCCAUGUGUUAGAAGAAAAUUAAAAAAAAAUACAAAAAGGUAGAAAAAAGAUAGAAAAGUAGAAACUGGCAGCAAAUACCACAGAGAUCAAAUACUUUUAUACAUCUUUACUUACCUGGUGUGUCCACUUCUUAAAGCUUUAAAUGGUUGCACAGCCCUGUCCUUGGUCUUUUAUUAAUGGAAAAAAACAUGAUUUUACAGGUUUUUAACAGAGUCUACAGACCUUUUUCACUUUUUUAUACCAACUCUUUUAUCAAACAUUUUGUAGGGGUUCAUGCAAAUGUUAUUUUAUAAACUUUUACAUUUCAAUCAGUUUUAUAUUGCAGGGUUUUAACUUUGAAUCUGGUUCUUUUCAAGUCUAAAAACCAGCAGCUGCUGUUGGAGCAGCUCCAGAAACUUCCUGCAGUAACAUCACAUUUAUGUUGGAAAAAUCCUGUCAUGUAAAACAGACAGAAGCAUGAAGUUUUGUAAAAUAUCAAAUGCAUGAACUGUAAAAAUAUUUUUUUAAAUUGGAGCCGUUUUAUUACAGCAGCUAUCCACUUUUGUUUUGCUGUCGUGGGCGAGCUGUUUGGUCAGAAUGAAACUCUUCAAAGAGAAGAGAAUAAAUCUUGAUUUGAUUACCUUUGAACUUUAAAAUGAAACAAAUUGUUAUUGUAUUAAUGAUUAUUAAUUUCACAUUCCUGAAGUUUAAUCUUACCUGUACAAAUCUGCUCAAAUCUGCUUGAAAUGUGACAAAAGCCCAAAUUUUAUUUUGUGAAGAUUGGACAUUUAUUCACUCUUUCAUAUUAUUUCCCCUCUUUUUAUUAUUGAAAAACUAUUUUUAUUUUGAAUUCUCAGCCCACCGUCUGUAUCCAUUAACAUUUUAGUUCUCUGUCUGAAGUAAAAACGAACAUUUUUGAUUUAACACAGACACGAGCUCAGGAUAUUUUACUCCUUUUCUGUUGAGAAAUGUGAAAAAGGUCUGUGACUUUUAAGGUUUUUACAACGCAUUUCUUUUUAUAUUUACAUGUAAACAUUUAUAUAGUGAAACAAAUGUGUUUGUGUCAAUAAAAAUGUACCUACACAUUCACACACAAACACCUAGGAUUUUAUUAGCUUUAACAAGACUGAAUACAUGUGGUAGGAGGGCGUAACUCAGAUGUGAUCCUCCACCAGUUCUUACAGCUUUUUAACAAUUUAUUCAUGUUUUAUUCUUUUUACCACAGCCAGUUUAUAAAAACAACAACUUUCACUUGGUUGAAUUUUGAUUUCGGUCUACACUUGUGUUCAAAGCGACUUUUUAAAGGGAUAGUUUGGUGAGUUUAAAGGGAUGUUGAUAGUUAUCAGUCAGUACCACAUCAGCCAUGACAUCAUGGAGUACACCAGGGCAGAUGUCUUAGAAGUCUUACAAAGCUAGGCUAGCGGCUAGCCAAAUGAAGGCCUGUUUAUUAUUUUUCGGGGUUAUAAAACGUUUUUUUUCCAACAAUGACACAUCAGCGUGAAAAAACACUACAUUGGCAAAUAUUAAUUUAGUUCAGUUUGUUGCCGUUUUCCCAACUGAACAACAUCUGUGUGAAUAUACAUGAGAAAACAGUCACAAACAAAACAAAGUUACUAAUGUGAAAAAGCAGACAUCCUAUUCUAUUAAAUACAUUUUAAUUUAAUGUUACUGGUAUUUUACCUUAUCGCAGCUAAAUGUCUUUAACAAGUCAUGGUGAUGGAUGUCAGAACGACUGCAGAACUGAAACACAGGUAGAUAAGAACACUUUAGACUAUUUAAAAUAGGCAAGAAGGUUUCAAGAUCACAACGCAUCACAAAAUACUGAUUUACAGCAAGUUAAUGUAAGGUCAGUGAGAAAGUGUAGAGGUUUAUUAUUAGCUAUUGUUCUUUCACACAGUUUAAAAACAGCUAAUUUAUGAGCCAGAGGAAAAAAAUAUUACUAAAACGUUUGGUUAUAGCCAGUAGCGUAGCCUGGAUGAGACACCUGUCCUUUUCUCCAUACUCUGAUGUCACAGCUGGGUAUACUAUCAAUAAUUACUAUCAAAAAAUCACCAGAUUAUCCCUUUAAUAUUUGUUGUUGAAACCGUCGUUAUUUUUCUUUUUUAAUACUCCUCUUAAGAUGCCAAACCUCUCAGUAAAAACCAGUCUCAAGAAUUUUGUUGCCAAUUUACGAUUUGUAUUUAUAUUUAUGUUUAUGCCUCAGAAUGACUAUUUCUCAGGAGCCUGUUCAGUAUUUAUCACAAAACCAAUUUUAAUCAUAACCAAGUGUUUUGUUUUGCUGUUAUUCGUGCUUCAGAUAGCUUUGCUGUGUCUGAGAAAAAGGAGGGAAAGGAUGUGUUUCCAUUUCUAAAAUCUGCAACUAAAUCUGUUUUAUAAAAGUAUUUUUCUGUUCCUCAGUAAUUCUACUGCUGAAAAUGAAUUCAAAAGUUUAAAAAAGUAAACCAGUGUGUGAUUGUGGUUUCAUGUAAUGUGGCAACAUAUUCUCUGACUGGGUUAUUUCUCCUUCAACCAAACUUUAUGGUUUAAACUCAUUUUUUCACAUUUAUAUUAAAGUGGUUAAGUGUCCAAGGUCUGAUUAUUUAAUUUAUUGAGUUGCAUUUGUUUAAACUGAGGUAUAACUGAAAGAAAUGUUUGUGGUGAUUAACAUUUUCACAUCUCAAACUCCUUCCUGUGGAUUUCUGUGUGACAGCAAACUGUUUUACCAAAAUGUGUGAACUGCUUUCUGCUUUUUUCAGGUCAUUUUCCAACAAGUCUGAAACCAAAUAAAGACAUUUAGCUGAA